AUGAAACCAAGAAUAGGAGAUGCGACCACACUCGAGAGCCUUUCCAAUACAUGUAGCGGCGUUGCAUGGUCUGAAGGGGACUUGUACUGGACCUACGGUAGUCGAGAUACUCUCAGCGUGAAGGACGGAGAGACGGAUAUUGUGCGUCUCAUCCCUGUCAGUACAUCAUCGACGAAGGACAUCUUUGUCGGCAGGAGAACAGUCGAAGGCCCUAGCGACGGAGAGUGCGACUUUGAAAAGAUUAAAUGUCGAUGGCAUUUCAAGAACUCUAUGUCAAACGACUUGGAUUGGACGAGACGGUCUGCAGAGCUAACUGCAAGUAACUCAACAGGACCAACUGUGGACCACACGACACAGAGCCGAACUGGUCAAUACAUGCUACUUAACACGAGCAGUCCGGCCAAUUCGCCCGGGAACUUGGCAUCCCUCAUCAGCCCGCCAGUCAACGUCUCUGGGCCGGCACCUAAAUGCUUUCGAUUCUGGUACUACAUGCAUGAUGUCACUAAUGGCUCUCUCACGGUCUUCUUCCAACAAGGCGAGACCAGGUCCUCCCCGAAUGGUCAGUCCACUGGUGAGACCAAACUGACCACGCUAUGGUCCGCCUACGGCAGCCAACCCGACGAGUGGGUCGGCGCGGAGAUCGAGGUGAGGGCUGCGGGAAUCGGACACGUUCUCAUCAAGGCGGUCGUUGGCGAUCCAAGGCUGAACAUCAUCGGCAUCGACGAUGUCCACUUUGGAGAAUGUCAGCAGGACUCCAGACUGGUGUGUGAGGACUCUUCAAUGACCGUAUACCUGGACAAGGCAAGGCUAGGGAUCUCAAGUCAGGAUAGGGUUUCAUUCAAGAAUUCUCUCUGCCGAGGGGCUGAGUAUGAUGCAGAUACGGUUGCUAUUACAGCGCCCUACAAUGGAUGCGGCACAACAGUUAGCGAGAGUGAUGACGUCAUCCUUUUUUCCAAUCAAGUCAACGUCAUGAUUCACUCGGAUAUCCGGAGCUCCGACGUCUCUAUCCGGGUGAACUGUUCGAUGAGUCGGACCUAUCACGUGGCAAUGACGUACUUGGCGCAUGCGUGGAUCAGAUACAUCAGGGAGGAUGGCUACGGGAAUUUCACGGUUCGCAUUCGUCAGUAUACCAACGUUAAGUUUGAAGAUGCAUACCCGGGUGAUAUCUUCCCCCAACAGGUUGAAAUAGAUGAUAGGAUUUACAUGGCAACCGAAAUGGUCACUAUCAAAGACGUGGUAGAUACGACACAAAAUGCUCGAUGCUGGGCUACUCCAUCACGUGACCCUUCCGACCCUGUAAGCCGUGACAUCAUAAAUGAUGGGUGCCCCAUAGGAGAUGGGACCAAAGUCUACACGCUGUUGACGCGUGGCCUGCAGGCUUUCUCAUUCAAAGCCUUCUCCUUCUCCCGGGAUGAGAAUCUUAUCUACGUUCAUUGUGACCUCAUCAUCUGUCAAGAUUCAGACCAAUCAGCGUGCUCCUCAAAUUGUAGUCAUUCUCGUGCUGUACGAGAAGCUCGCGAUACACGAGACUCUGGAUUUGGCCCAUAUACAGUUUCACAAGGACCAUUUAUGUACAAGAUAGAUGCGACUCGUCAGAAAGAUGGUGCGUCCAUGAUUGUCAUUCUUCUAUCAGCCCUCGUCUGUACCACCGUUCUCUUACUGGCAACCAUCUUCAUAGGAGUCUUCAUCUACGCGCGAAACCGAAUGGGGAUGAGAUGUAAUUGAUUAAUCACGUGAUCACAUCACGUGAUAAUUAGACGUGUUUCUCUGAGUGUGCUACGGAUCGUGAUGUUAGAGUUAGAUAUAAAGUAGAAAUAAGGUCGAGUACUGCUCAUGCGAUUAAAUUGUACAAGAAACUGAGUGGAAGCAUUGAUGAAAGGUCGAUUGGGAAUGCAUGUAUACUGUGCGGUUUUGAAAUGAUCAGAAUGAAAAGGAAUUGUCUCUAUCGUGCUAAGAACCCACACUGCACACACAAAAUUGGUAUAUGGGACUACAGACAUUAUGAAGUAUGAUCAAAAUAAAGUUUAGCUUUUUCUAUUCAUAAUCCAAUACAUAGAUUUCUAAUCAGAUCGAUCCUGUCCAGGGGGGCGGGGGGAGGGGGUCAUUUCUACUAUAAUAUUCUUCAAACUGUCAUACUAAGAAUGAGAAGGUUAAAUUUUGUUUAGGCAUGUUAGGAUGCGAGGUCGAUGUGAUUGAAGUAUUUUUGUGUGCUUGUAUAUUUACCCCACCCCUGUAUACCGCAUUUUUAUCAACUCUUCAUUAUACAUCUAUAUUACUUUAUAUUAUAAAACUGUACAGCGCCUUAAGAACCAACUCAUUUAUGACUUACAUAUAAGCACACAAUAAGCCAACAUAAUGAUCCAGGUGCCUAAACACAGGCAAAUGGGAUAGGAAGGGAGGGAUGGGGGUGUUCUUACUUUGCAGUCAGUAAUAAUUUACAUUGGCAUUGUAAAAAGGCAAACAGCUUUUUGUGUUACACAUUUUAUCAGUCGUUGAAUGAAACGUUAAUUUUGUUCGGUUUAUUUUCUUUCCAUGGAAAUGUAUGGCCUCAAUAAUAUCAGAAUAAUUUUAUUUAAAACGUUUUACAUACCACAUUGGAUAUACCUAUAUAUAUUCCCUGGACUGGACAUUAUUAGUCUAGCUUUUAACUUCUUAUUAUAUAUUAUAACUUCAUUAAUAAAUUGAACAAUCACCCAAGUAUGUUUGGUGUCUUUACUUUAGUGCAAUUGAAUUUAUCAUAAUCGUUGGCCUACUGGUGUAACAAUCUAAACAGGUCUUGGCUUUAAAUAUUUGUGGUUUUGUUUCUCCAGAGUUCUCAUUUUACUUAGAUGAAUCCUGAUUUACUCCCCAAUCGCAU